AUGGAAAUGCUGCAGACGUCCCGGGGAAUCUCCUGGCAGAAUAAAGGCCACACUGAGCCCUGGUUCUUCAGAAUAGAGGACAGGAAGCCAGAUGGACAAUUCAAAAGCAGCACGAGGAAAGACUGCGCUGAGGACAAGUCUGCUUUCACAAAGAAGACUGGCAAACAUAAAUCUAGCCACAAUGAAACUGAGGAGCCACUCAAUGAAAAGAGCAAAACAUCUAGCUCAAAGGAGGAGUCCAGCCGCUCCAUUUACAAGACUGAUGUCCCCUUACCCAGCACAUACAACAGUCAUAGGCUAGAGGACUUUGAAUCAAAAUAUGAAGAGCUGGAUCUGCUGGGUGGAGGAGGUUACGGGACUGUCUACUUUGGAAGACGCAAAGAAGACAAUGUCCGAGUUGUUAUAAAACGUGUUUUUCAGAAUCGUGUCGACCGCCUACCAAUGCUUCUUAAUGAUAAAAUGACCAAAGUUCCCGUGGAAGUGGCAUUGCUGAUGAAAGUUGGGGCAGGACCACAGAAUACAAGCAGCAAUGUUACCCCAGUACUACUGGAGUGGUUCGACUCAGUAAACGAACUUAUUAUGGUCUUUGAAAGGCAGAAAAAAAACAUAGAUUUGGAUGUGUAUCUGCAAUGCAGAAACAGGUUUCUGCAUGAGAGUGAGGUUAAGAAUAUAAUGAGAAGGCUGGUAGAUGCAGCUAUUGAGAUGCAUUCCAGGGGUGUAUUUCAUCGGGAUAUUAAGGCAAACAACAUUGUGAUUGAAGUAUCAGCUGAUCUUUCAAAGUGCCGACAAGUGAAAUACAUUGAUUUUGGAUGUGGAGCCACUUUUACUCCAGAAGCAGUCACUCGAAGAAGAAGUGAGACAACUCUGGACUUGUAUGAAUCCAAUGCGAAUACAGCAGACUGCAUCACAGUUUUGCAGCUAGGCACUGUGAUGGAUAAGCUGUUGCACUACAUCCUCCCAGACACCUCCACCAAAUCGAAAUCUAGGACACGUAGCGACAUUUCAGACGACUGCAAGGAUUUUCUGUCAGGUUCUCUGAACCAGAUCCAUAAAGACCGCCUAACCCUGGAGGAACUUAAAAAUCAUCCUUGGCUCAACUGAUGUCUCUCUCUGACAAAUACAGGGUCAUGGAGCAGAAGCUCCAACAGAGAAGUAUUUGUUAAAAUUAAAUAGCCAUGUUGUAAUUCUGUGCAUUUCAUUACCAGAAUAAACCGAUUCA